UCAUGCCUAUCAUGUUUUUUCAAAACAUGUUCUUAGUAUAAAAUACCAAAACUAUCAAUGUCAGACAACGAUGCCUGUGGAAAAGAGAGGGCAGGAUAACAACUUUUACCUCACUGCAAAUUAAGUUAAAUAGCAUCGCAGUCUGCUCCUGCAAGCACAAAGAAGCACCCAUCUCACAUGAAGUUCCUCUUCCUCUGUUUCCUCCUCUGCUCUGGCCUCGAGCUUGCGUUUUUCACUGCAGCAAGUGAUGACCAACUCUUGUACCAUGGCUUCACAGCCGGUACCAACCUCACCGUCGACGAGGCUGCUUCAGUCACGUCGAACGGACUCCUUGAACUAACCAAUGGCUCGCUUGGUUGCAAAGGUCAUGCGUUCUACCCAACUCCAUUGCACUUCCGCAAAUCGCAUGAUGAUACCGUGAAAUCUUUCUCAGUCGCCUUCGUGUUUGCCAUCCACUCUAGCUACCCAAUCAUGAGCCGACAGGGCUUGGCUUUCGUCGUUGCCCCAAGCAUGAACUUCUCAACUGCAUUGGCCAAUCAAUACUUGGGCCUCAUGAACUCCCAGAACAACGGCAACUUGAGCAACCACAUCUUCGCCAUCGAGCUAGACACCGUCCUAAACAUCGAGUUCAAAGACAUCAACACCAACCAUGUAGGUAUUGACAUCAACAGCCUCCAGUCUUUAGAGUCCAAUCCUGCAGGAUACUAUGAUGAUAGGAAUGGUACCUUCCAAGACAUGGUUCUUGCUAGCGGUGAUGCAAUUCAAGUGUGGGUCGACUACAAUGGUGAAGCCAAGAAAAUCAGUGUGACCAUGGCUCCCCUUCAAAUGGCGAAACCUACAAGGCCACUCAUCUCGACAGAUUAUGACCUCUCAAGUGUGUUACAAGAUCCAUCCUACAUCGGCUUCUCAUCUUCAGGUGGAGAGGUUGACUCAAGACAUUAUGUGCUUGGUUGGAGUUUUGGGAUGAACAAACCAGCCCCACUGAUCAAUUCUGCGAAGCUGCCAAAGCUACCUCAGCCAAAGCAUCAAUCAAAGCUGCUGAAAAUCAUCCUACCUAUAGCGAGUGCAAUUUUCGUAUUUGCUGUGGGUUCUAUGGUCAUUUUACUUGUGAGGAGAAAAUUGAGGUAUGCUGAGCUAAAAGAAGAUUGGGAGAUUGAGUUUGGGCCACAUCGGUUCUCAUACAAGGAUUUGUUCCAUGCCACAGAAGGAUUUAAGAACAAACACCUACUUGGUGCAGGAGGGUUUGGGAAGGUAUAUAAAGGGACCCUUCCAUCAACUAAACUAGAGGUUGCUGUGAAGAGGGUAUCCCAUGACUCCAGACAGGGCCUAAAGGAGUUUGUUGCUGAGGUUGUCAGCAUUGGCCGCAUCCGACAUCGUAACCUUGUUCAGUUGCUUGGCUAUUGUAGGAGAAAAGAUGAACUCCUUUUGGUGUAUGACUACAUGUCAAAUGGUAGCCUUGAUAAGUAUUUGUAUUGUGAUGAUCAAAUGCUUAUACUAAACUGGGCUCAGAGGUUUCGGAUAAUAAAGGAUAUUGCAUCAGGCUUGCUCUACCUCCAUGAAAAAUGGGAGAAAGUGGUCAUCCACCGUGACAUCAAAGCAAGCAACGUACUCCUUGAUAGUGAAAUGAAUGGGAGGCUAGGUGACUUUGGCCUUGCAAGACUUUAUGAUCAUGGAACUGAUAUGCAGACCACACAUGUGGUUGGUACCAUUGGGUACCUAGCCCCAGAACUGAUAUGCACAGGUAAGGCAACUCCUCUCACCGAUGUGUUUGCCUUUGGGAUUUUCCUUCUUGAGGUUGCCUGUGGGCAAAGACCAGUUAACAGCAAUGCACGAGGAGAUCAACCUUUGUUAGCUGAUUGGGUUCUUGAGCAUUGGAAUAAGGGAUCACUGACUGAGGCAGUAGAUACGAGGCUACAGAAUGACUAUAAUGUUGACGAGGCAUGCCUAGUGCUAAAGCUAGGACUACUAUGUGCACACCCGUUUACCAAUGCAAGGCCCAACAUGCAGAGUAUCAUGCGGUACCUCGAUGGCGAUUUGCAACUCCCAGACUUGACAGAUACAGACAUGAGCUUCAGCCUGCUCUCUCAAAUGCAGGGUCAAGGGUUUGACCGUUACGCAUUGUCAUAUCUUUCAGUAAACACGAGCAUUGGCACAAUAUCUGGUCUUUCAGGAGGAAGAUGAUACCAAUGUUGGUUGAUGUUAUCAUAUAUGUGAGCUUGCAUGCCACAUUUUGUUUACUACCAAGUCAUGUAAUGUUUGGGGCUAGGUUAGACUUCUCAGAGGCUUUUCUUAUUGUGAGAGUAGUGCGUAAUUGCUUUUCGAAUAGGGUUUACAGCUCAUAAUUUUAAUAUCUAAAUGAAGAAGCUACCAGCGUACUUGUGGGUUGAUUUACAUAUGCAUCAUUCAAUUGCUUAUUACGUGGUGUCUCACAGCCCACAAAUAAAUACUAUCUUUGUAUUAAUGGGUUGAUCUACAUGUAUUAUUCAGUUGCUUA